AAUCGAAAACAAAUUUCGGCAUUCAUUUCAAUUGGUCGUUUACCUGAUAGUCCCAAAUUUUCUGUUACCUGAGCAUAUUGAACUGACCAUUUUAAUCAGUAACUAAAAUGGCAACCUACGAAGAAGUCAAAAACAUUCCCAACGAACCCUCGAAAUAUUUAUUCGAUGUUCGCAACAAAUCUGAACUAGAAGAGACUGGCACAUUACCGGCUAGCAUUAAUAUACCGCUGCCUGAUCUUGAAAAGGCGCUCAAUUUACCUGAUGGCGACUUCAAGACGUCGUAUGGACGCGCUAAGCCGUCCACGGACGCUGUGAUGAUAUUCUCUUGCAAGGCAGGCGGGCGUGCGGCACGUGCUGCGAAUUUGGCCAAGACGCUGGGAUUUACCAACGCCGUAGCCUAUGCUGGCUCAUGGACUGAGUGGGAACAAAAACAAGCUAAAUAAAACUGAAAGAACAAAACGAAUAAUAAAUAUCAUUUGUAAAACAUAUGUCAAUCAAUAAAAGCACUAAACGUUGACCUCCUGUAGGUCACCCCA